UAUGCUUCUCCAACGCUUCGGGCGACAAUGCGUUCGGAUCAGCGUCGGAGCCAGGCUAUCUAUAUAACUACUGAGGUUGAUCACAUCAAUGGCAGUAAAGGCAAGUGCCACUCACAGCCUGGGUCAGACUCGGACAAGAAGCUAUCACCGUUGGCCACUCUGGAAUCUUCUUUUGAACCUCUUAAUGUUAAGAAGUUUGACGUGGCCUUUAUGGUGGAUCCUCUGUAUCAUCAGACCUCUUUAUUACUUGAUGAGGGUGGAGUCAAGGGCCUCUUACUGAACAACCUUGGAAUAUAUGGAGGAUGCUGUGUACUAUUUGAUUCAUUUGAUGUACCAGGGAAAUACAAAUCAUAUUUAAACCAUAUUGAUACUUCAGAUAAAAUUGAUCUUUCCUUUGCUGAAGAGUCAAUUGAGCAGAUGGUGAUGAAGAUGGCAACAACUACCAAAAUAUCUCCCACUCUUGAGGAUAUUUUUAAGCAAUUAGAUGAGUACAAUCAUAGGUCAUUGUCAACAGAUAAUUUGAGUCAAGCACCAGAACAAAGAGCUGAUGCAUUUAGUGCCAAGAAUCCUGAUUUUGAUAGUGGUAUACUUGGAAACCAUUAUGCAAACCUUGAUGAUUUAGAUGAGACAGCUGCUGUAAAUGAGAAGUCUAGUUCUUUGGAUUCUAAUUUUCAAGAAUUUCUGGAGGUAUUGGGAAAUACUUCUAAACAGAACGCUUGGGCAGGUCCUGAUCACUGGAAGUAUUGGAGGUUUAAGGCUCCAGAGGAUGAUCCUGGUUCAGAAUGUGGACCAAACCUUACCACUAAUAAACCAAGGAACAAAAGUACUGUAGAUAUUGAUAUUGAAUUUAUGGAAUUUUUGGUCAAAGAGAUGCCUGAUAUUUUUUCUCCACCACAAAAUCCCAAGUCUACAUUUCUAGCUGCAAACCGAAAACCACCUGAUAACAAACUUCAAGAAGAUUGCCAUUAUCAACCUCAGGAUAUUGUCAGGCUGUUUCUUCAUCCAAUUGUCGUGUUUUCUGGGAAGAGAAGAAAAAAACCGUCAGUUGAAAACUUUUGGCGACAGAACAGUAGUCUAGUGCCGCCUUGGGAACAUCAAAGAGUCUCUGAUGAUCAUUAUGAUGACAUACAUAUUUAUAGUGAUGGUGAAGUCAAUGACAGAUUCAUCUCCCAGCCAUGCCAGGUAAAAGAAACUGUGAUUCAAUAUGAGAAAACUACUAAACAAGUUGAUGUACAUGCUUUGAAGGAAUCUCUUUGGCAUCACAUGCAGGAUUCCAGAGAAAGCACUGAGUCGGUACACGAUGGUGCUGUAUCUUUCAAGUGUCUGUUGGCCUCGGUUCCAAUCGAUUGUUCUGCUGCUGUAGAAGCAGGGGAUAUCUCUCCUCACAUGUGCUUCAUCUGCCUUCUUCAUUUGGCCAAUGAACAUGGCUUAAUCAUCAAUGACUGCCCACCAGAUUUGGAUGAUCUCAUCAUAGGUUUUCUGUCUUAAAUAUACAUACAGUGGUUCUUUAUCUUAGCGCCGUUUUGAAAAGUGUGCCGUUACAUACCUGCAGCUACUUGGCUUUCAGUUUAAGCUUUUUAGGUAGAUGUAAAUGAGUUGGAUGCAUAUGGUUAAGUUUUUUUGUACCGAAAGUUCUGGUCUGAGGCCAGUUAUAUGGGUUGAA